AUGAAGGGCGCGGCGCGGCGUCUGGCAGCCGCGGUGGAGGCAAUCCGUGCCGGUGGAGGCUCUGUCGCAGAGCAACAGGCGCAGCAGAAGGAGUUGGUGCAAGCGCUAAUCGUUCUACAGCGUCUUUGGAAGCCAGAGCUUCUCACAAACCCCACACCGCCCACGAAGCGAAGCGGCAAGAGUAACGCAGCGCUAUUCCAACUACUGCUAGCCACGCUCAUCGUGUACAGUGGCGGUCAUGCGGGAAACUCCAAUGCGGGUAUAGCGGGAGGCAGUGCAGGUGUGUCGCUGUCGUCAUCCAGCACCCCAACAUCCGAGUGCAUCCAUCGCCUGGUAUGCGAUCUCCUGGUGCGCUCUUUCGACUUCUCCGUGGUACCGAGCAUCAAUGAUACGCUACUGGCUAAAAGUACGUCGCUUUUCGUCAAGGUGUCUCUGGUUAUGGUGGUGUGUCGUCUGCCACUACAGCAGUUCCUGCCAGAUGCAGUAGCUCUAGCCAAUAAGAACAUUCGAAGUGCUGAUUAUUAUAUGAAGCAAUGUCUAAUUGAGAGUGUCGCUCAUGCUCUGGAGGGAAACUCCACGAGACUGGUGUCGUUCCAUGCAGAAGCUUUAAAGAUCGUGAACAAGAGCCUUCAGGACAAGGCGGUGGAAGUGAGGACCGCUGCUGCGAGGCUGCUACAGGUGGUGACAGAGCGUACAUCAGUCUCAACCACGAAUACUGGGGCUGGUUCCUUAGCAAAUCAGGGAGGCAGUAGCAAUGCUAGUGGAUCUGGCGGUGCUGGUGGCUCUAUGACUGGAGCUAGUGCAGGUGGCAGUGCGAGUGCUAGUGGUGUUUCGCUUGAUGCAAUCUUACAGAUCACGGCGAAAGGAAUGGAUGAUGUUGCUCCCGAAGCGAGGAGGGCGUACUCUGUGGUGGUCGGUGUAGUGCUUGCCAAAUACGCGACGUCUUCUGGAGAAGCAGAAGUGCAAGCAGGUGGUGAGAGCAAUGGAGCGGGUGCAUCUUCCUCCAGGAACACUGAUGACGAUGGUGGGAGAAACUCAAUUGAACACGAUACACCUCCCUCUAGUGGAAGUGGGACUGGGAAGUCCAAGACAGGCUUCAAGCUGCACGUCCCUGGUAUUAAUCUGCCGUCUUCACUCUCUCGUCGAAAAGCUGCUACAGUGGAUUUCUCGACCAUCGCAAACGUUGUUCUGUACUUCAAAGACAUGGUGACUAGCAAAUAUCUGUCGACGAAUCCGAACCUGAGUCACGGAGGCAUUCUGGCCUCGUUUUCCAUCGCUCUGUGCAGUAUGUUCGAGCAUCUACCGCCUGAUUCAAUCCCCGAGGCCCAGAUUCGCGAGGUUUUGGAUGCUACACUUGCUGUUCUUGACUAUCCAUUUGCUCUUGGUGACUUGACUCGUGCUCGCAAUGCCGUGGGCUUUGUGCUGCGUUGUGGACUCAAUGGAUGUCUCACAGAACGCCAACAAGAAGUGUUGCUAGGCGCUUAUCUACAGAAGCUAAAAGAUGAGACUCAAGCAGCCGAGCUCAACCACCACAAGUUGCUUACAACGCUAGUGGAGAUGAGUCACAUGUUCCAUUCCAUGGGUGAAGCUUCCGUAACCCACGCACGAGAUGUCAGCGAUAUACUCCAAGGGCUUAUUUGCCAUGAAAAGCAAAGUGUUCGCUUCCAAGCUGCCGUCGCGCUGGCGUCUCUUGUCACUGCAAUCCCAUACCGACUUAAAAAUGUGCUGACGGACUGUCUUCAGGGCCUUCGCGAUACUGCGGAGUACCUGAUGCGAGGAGGUUCGGAUGGCGAAGAAGCGAGAAACGCAGAGUCCACUGAGAAGAUGGACGAUGGCCAAGAAGAAGGCGGCGAUAUGCAAAGCAAGGCCCACUUGUAUGCGAUUCAGGGCAGAUCUACGGCGAUUGUCCAUAUUCUUCGUGCUAUCAAGCUGGACGGUAAAGAUGGCUUGUCUCAAACGAUUAUGGACGAUAUCUAUGCCAUAUCGGAGGAACUUGUGGAGAGUCAGUUCUUCAAUGAGUGUGCGGAUAGUAUCUGGCUCACUUGCACGCGUGCUGGCUGGGCAUUGGUCGGAAGCCUGGUGUCGGUAAAUGACGAGCACUGGAUAAAAGCCAAUUUGGAGAAACUCUUGAAUUUAUGGCUUAAGUCUAGCGUACUGCACAGUCGCGAAUCAUCUCUGGAGCUGCUGCGCAUUGAAGCUGCUGUAAUCCCCCUCAGUAGCUUCUUGUCCAACUGCCAGGCCGCGGCUACAUACUCUGACAGCGAUGUGUACAUUCUUGCGAGUCACGUGCUCCAUGUCUACUUGACGGCAACACAGGACACUCUCAGCAACCCGCUCAAGCGCCGUGGCCAGAUUGCCCGAUACCGUCUAAUGGGAUGGAUCAUUAACUGUUUCUCGAUGCUGCCUCCAAUCUACAGUGACUCGUACAUUGUGCUGUUGGAUCUGAUCGCCGAAUUCACAACAGCUCAGGCGUUGACAAGCCUUAGACACUCCUCGUUAGUGCCAGCAAAGUCCACGUAUCUAAAGAGUGUGUUAUCCUCAGAAGACAACACACUGGACGUGGUAACUUUAUCACGAUUGGAGCCAGGCGAUUAUCCAUCGCCGCUAUACUCUCGAGAGCUGAAUCACAUUCUGGGUUUGCUGCAGCAGGAAAAUGCGUUGACUGAUACGGAGCUGGAGGUGCAAUAUCUUGAUACCUUUUGGAGAUCGAUAGCGGAAAAAGAAGCUGCGGAUGAUGUAACCAAGCCAGCAAGUCACAGUCCGUUCACUUACGUUCGACUCGUGGAUGUCAGCGUGCUUCUCUUUGGUCGACUUUUCCACUUCAUUCCCGAAGACCUACAGCUGCGAUGUCUUCAGCAUUACGCAGGAGCGCUGUCCGACGUUCGAGCGGAUUGCGAAGUCAAUGUGUGCUCGCUGUUGUUCGCGGUGAUCGCGGAGGCGAAACGUCUGGAAAAAUCUGGUACCGCGCCAACUUCAUCCGAUUCGCUUUCUGCGACGUCGUGGCCUCUUCAAAUGCAAACCAUGCUGUGUGAAAUGAUCUCGAGUGAGAACACGGAAGUUCGUCGUGGCGCUGGUGAGGCGCUAGGGGCGUUGGGAAUGAUUCUUGGAGAAGACCAUUGCAAGGGACUAAUUAUCGAGCUGGAAAAGCGCUUGGUGGUGGAUAAACUCCCUCAAGGCGCUUCUACAGCCACGUUUGGCGCCAAUCCUGACCUCGAUGUAUCUGUUCUGUCAGCUGGUGCCGCUUUUGCGUUGGCAUGCAUCAAGCGUGAAUGUGGUUCGCGAAUUUCUAUUGACACAGGCCUCAUUUUCCGGUUUGCAGGAGAAUGUUCUCAACCUCUUCGUACGUGGAUCUUGCAUUCGUGGGGCAUUAUUCUGGAAUCUGUGAAUUCCACAGGAGGCGACUACGAACACUUCGUGAGCUCGACGUUUUCGCUAAUGGAAGCGCAUGUACUGGCAGGCUUUGUGUAUUCAAAGGCCAACAAGCGUGGGCUGCGGUGGCAAAUUAGUACGAAGGUUGCACUGGGACGGAUUAUUAACGACGUGGUGGCCACUCUUGGUCCGGAACUUGGUGGAUCGAAUGAUCGGUUGAACGAAUUCUAUUCGUAUUGGAUGCUUCUGCGUCAGGAUGGCGACGCUCGUGUAGAGUUGGAGUUCUUGAGGUUCCUGGAACAAGUCGUCGUGUUCGCUCCGUCCCGCUUUCAGUCGGCAGAUUUGAGGUAUAUUUUACGCAUCAUAUCUGAUACCGCUCUGCUGAAUUCUGUAACUUCAUCGUCGCUGACCGCACAGCAAAACUCAGAAUCUCCAGCUUUGUCGCCGCCAUCAGGACAAAACCCGUCUCUAGCGGCGUUUGGGAGUUUUGGUGAACCAUUUGAGCAGAAUGGUUUUGUUAACGUUGGAGUGUACACCAAUGGAUGGAGUCGAAGUAUCCUGCAAAAUGUUGGCUUGUCAUGUAUUCGCACCCUGGUGGAAAGAGACCCGACGUUGAUUCGCCGCCAUAACCUCUUUUGUCUGCUGUUUUCGGCGCUUCACGUCGAGUACAGUGAGCUUACGUGGAUCUACCUGCCUGGACUGCAUGGGAUGUGGGACGUGCUCUCAUUUGCUGUUGUGGAUUCGGUAAGCAUGCAUCGAAACAGUAUUAGUGUGUUGCAGAGCACCGCACUGGCAUUAUUAGACGUUGAAGGUGGAGAUCACGAGAGUGCUGAGCCAUGUCUCUGGGCUCUGCUGUGUCGUAGUAUUGCCAUUGGUGAAUCAGGUACUAGUGCCAAUACGGAGCAGCUCAUGAUGAGCCCGAAAGGGGCAAACUCGGGUGUCCAAAUCACUGCGAGCUUUGAAGGAGAUGAUGACGACACGUCCUCGUGGUCACCUGUACAAGUAUCGAAGAGUGACGUGAGUUCGCUUGCAAUUGCCACUCAAGUGAAUACGUGGAGAGCUACGAAAGCAAGCGUGGGCGACCUCAUUGCAUUAAUGCCUCCGCUUUCUCGACAAGUACGUCAUUUCGCAGUGGAGUGUGUGUUACGUGUGUUUGAAUUGAUGACGGGGAUCUCGCCAAUGACGACAAACGUGAGUCUGAUUAAGCAGCUUCACUUUGAUCUCGCUGCGGCGCGUCGUUACUUCUUCGAUGUGCUGUCUGCUGGAGAAUCUACCGAGUCUAAGAUCGGGAACUUCCUGUGUAUGUAUCUGGACGAGUUUGUAACUCUCGCGUGCCAUGUUGCCACAACGUCAGCUGAGGGUGACGAGCUUCUCAUGUUUCAGUGUGUGGGGCUUCGACUGUUGAAUGUGCUGGUGAAGAAUUUUGCGUCAGCACGCGACCCCGAAGUGGCAACGGGGGACGCAUACUUGUUGGAUCCUUAUCGUGCCCAGCUUUCGUCCGCUAUCCGCCACGCUUUGAAGCAGAGUGAUGAACGGUAUUUCUACGCCCCACUACUUCUCGAAGCGCAUGGUAUUGCUGGUGCCUGUAUCUCGGCUCACCUUAUUCAAGACAAGGUGGGGUUGGGACGUAUCCUGAGAGCUGUUGUGACCACCGACUAUGGGCACGCGCAUUUUGUUGGAGAUGAACUCACCCGAACUUCGUUGUCACUUGCAAACUUGGCGUCUGUGGGAGAACUACUAACGUCUAGUGUCGCGGAGACGAUCGCUCAAAAGGAUGCGCGUGAUGAUGACCGCCGAGUGAUUGCGACAUCUCCACUUGUCAAGGCAAUGCUCACCGGGCUGUCUGAAUCCACGGAGUACUUGUUCAAGUGUUGGAUGGAUUCGACGUUUGCUUACGGCGUCGUAAUGCAAGGAUGUGCGCAAUGGGCGGAGCUAGACACAACAGCUAGUGCUAAGGCUCUACUUACCGAUGAAGUGAUGGUUAUGCCAGCUUUGCAGAUGCCGCUCCCACCGAUUGGUGCUCCUGUGAACGCGUCAGCGGAUGCUUUAUCGGCUGCCAAAGCGCUACGUACGCUUUACAAGCGAUACUGGCCGAAGAUCGUCAAUGCAAUGGCAACGUUAGAAGUCUACUUGCCAACCUCGGUCUCGUUAUGUAGCGCCCAAGACAGUAAUAUUCCGAAAUGGUCGUCUGUCUUGCUGUCCAGUGCGAUUUUCCAUGUGAAUGCAAACGCUCGUGAUCGUAUGGAGGACGAAGGGGAGCUACCGGCCGUUCUUCGCAGUAUUCCGCUGCUACUGAGAGCGUUAGUGGAAAACCCCGAGGAAUCUUCAUCGAGCAACUUUCCAGUGCUCUUGACAACGUCGCUGAAUACGCUCAUGCUGGCAAGUAAGCGAUGUUCUGGCCCUGCGCAAGUUGAGGCCCUGAAGGCGAUGUUCUCUUGCAUAUCACGCGAGAAUCUGUCAUUUGCUCGUGAGACUAUAAAGUCUGGAGAAGAUGCACAACAGCGCGCUGCUGCCCUUUUCGACACGGUAGCACAAGUCGGGUUGUGCCCAACUGAGGUCGUUUGCCAGCUGUGUGACGCGACUGAACAGACAAGACAUGCCAGAGCUGUGAGCAUCGGUAGCAGAGCCACAGGGUCUCGUAGAAGCUCCGCUACCAGUGUUGAGGAUACCAAGCACAUGACUGAAAUUGUACAGUUUGCUACAAAUGGUAUCGUGCUUCUACACACGACUGAAGAAGCACGGCAUGGGGUAAUACGCUCGGUUGCUAUGGUACAGCAGAUCAUUUGCUCUGUUGCUGGUGACCAUCAUUCUUCUGCAGUUAAGAAAGCUGUGGUGACCUUAAGUCGUGCUUCAACUGAGUCGUCCAGUGUUCGCAGCUCUUUCGAGUUCCUUGCGGAAUGGCUCAAGGUUGAUGUCCACACUGCUCCAGGGUUUUCGAUGCAGAUCGUGGCAAAUUAUGCUGUGAGCUUCCCGCCGUAUCUUCAAGCCGACGCAGGACGUUUCCACAAUGAGCAACAUGCUGUCAGUGCAGAUCUUUUGCGAGGUUUGCACGCCGUUGUGAAGAAGCUCUUGGACGCGCAUCAAACGUCCAUUCUGAAUCGCUACCUGGUAACACUCGGCCCCUCUCUCGUAGAGAUUGUUGCAGUAACAAACGGCUACCCAGAGAUGCCGGCCAAACUUGCUGAGCUGGAUAAAGCGGAGGAGCUUCUGCGCUUGCUGACGGCGCAGUUGAAUGGCCAGCAUGGAACUGUGUUUGUGCACAUGCUGCUCCCUCGACUUGCGUCUGUGCUCAGUCAUCCAUCACCGACAACUCCAGACAACGUGAUUCCGUCGCAAGUCCCAGGUAUCUUGGCUCGACUGCUUCUGUGCUUUGCACAGACUCACGCUGCUGCAUUUAAAGAAGCUGUGGCGGCCAUGACACCCACGUUGCGUAGUGUGCUGGAAACAACGCUGCGUCUUGCUCUCACCGCCUCAGUUCCAGCUGCUGGAACUCGUGGACACUCGUCGCUUCCUCAGAUUAGCAGUCCUGCUGCCAAACUUGACCUUAGCCGAUACAACUAA